UGUUUCAUUUCAAUGUUAUACGAUUAAGUGAUUCGUUCUCUAAUAUAUAUUUUUAAAACUGUUAUUUAUUAUUCGUGUGACUGCGGCGACGGUUUCUCGUGUGUUUCGUCGACGGUGCUCCCGGGUUGCUUCGACUGGGCCCGCUGUGACUUGGUAGAGUUUGUGAGGUGCAGCAACGCCUGCUUGAAGUGAGUGAGUGUCUCUGCGUGUUGCUCUAAGCGUCGCUGAAGAAAACGACGGUGCGGUGCAGCCUACUGAGAUUCCGAGACCAAUUCGAUUACGAUUGUGGAGCAGACCGCAGCGCGCGUGAAGGAAAAACGUGUGUUUGUUGGCCGCGCGCGGGCUUUAAUUUCUUCGUGAGUAACGGCCGGACGGACAGCGCGGGAAUUAACGGCUUACCGGGUCUCCCGCCGAAAACGUCGUACACAAUUCACAGUCAGUCGUACAAUUGGCAUUCGCGCGCCCACACCCGCGGUCGUCGUCGUCGUGUUGUCGCGCGAUGUGGUGGGGUUUUGGGGAUGAAAAUAUGAGAAAGAAAUAAUUUAGUGGUCGUUUGAAUGGUGAAGAAGCUGGUUUUAAGAAAGGUUGAAAAUAUGAGAAAAUUUAGUUGAAUGAGAAAUUAACAAGUGCAAGUGUUGUGAGAUUGAAGUGUAUUGUGUGUUGUCCUCAACUCUACGACCAACUGACCAUCAAAAAGGUUGCAAAAGUGUUGCGUGUACGCAAAGAUAUUAUGGACAGUGCAAUGGAUUCGGCAUCGACGGCCAGUGAUCACAGUGUAGCGUCUUCGAACGAUUCCCGGGGCCGCAACCUGUCGUCGCCAGCGAUGCCCCAUACGCACAACGGUGGUGGCCACACCAUGGACAAGACUCGAACUCCGACGCCGGGCAGUCCGCCGAUGGACAGCCGGCAGCACCACAACAACGGCAGUCACGGCGGCUCGGACCGCGGACCGGUUUCGAUGAACCACCGUGACAUGUCCGGCGGCCGGCAGAUGGCCUCUAGUCCCCUGGGAGCGACCCCGCAGCAGAUGAUGGGAAUGCCCCACCCGUUGAGUCCGCCGCACGUCUCAACGCCCAGUGCAAUGGCCAUGGUCGGGAUGCCGCCGCGGAUGGCCGGCAAUCUGUCCCACAUUCCACCGCACGGCCUCGGACUGCUCAACUCCUUCAUGCACCACGCCAGCCCGCUCGAUCUGAUGGCCGCCGCCCAUCACCAUGUUCCUCCCAGGUCGUACAACAGUCCACCCCCGAUCUCCAGCUCCGACCCCACGGCCAACGAGUGCAAACUGGUCGACUACCGGGGUCACAAAGUGGCCGCCUUCAUGAUCCAGGGCGAUACCAUGCUCUGCCUGCCCCAAGCCUUCGAGCUGUUCCUGAAGCACCUCGUCGGCGGACUCCACACCGUCUACACCAAGCUCAAGCGGCUGGACAUCGUGCCGCUCGUCUGCAACGUCGAACAGGUGCGGAUACUGCGCGGCCUCGGGGCCAUCCAACCCGGCGUCAACCGGUGCAAGCUGCUCUCCUGCAAGGACUUUGACGUCCUCUACCGCGACUGUACCACCGCCAGAUGCUUAUCGAUAAAACCACCUGAGAGUAACUCUCUGCUAUCGCACAGCUCUAGGCCCGGUAGACCGCCGAAACGAGGCCCCGUCGGACUGUCGAUGCCGGCGUCGUCGCACAUGUCGCACCACGCGGCCGCCGCAGCCGUCGCCGCGUCCCAGGCCGCCGCCGCCCAGCAGAUCAAGAAGCACCGGCUGGACAACGGCGAGUUCGUGUACGAGAACGGCCACCUCAACGGUGAGUAUCUUCGAGGGUUGGACAAGUCGCCGUUGUUAGCGAACGGAUACAACGCCCCUCCGACGCACCUGAACCACAUCCCGUUCAUGCAGAUGAACCCUCAUCCGGGCGGUGGUCACCCGUUGAUGAGCCCAGGGGUGAACCCGCACGGCAUCCCGCGACCUGACGGAUCGAUCAUUAAGGGGCAGAACAUUGGCGAGGCGAUCGCGAGGGCUGCCUACGAGGACAUCGUCAAACACCUGGAGCGGCUGCGUGAAGAACGAGGUGAGGAACGGCUGGCAAGUCUCGACCAGAAACCACGUGAUCUGAGCUCCCUGAGCGCACCCCCGCCCGACUCGCCGAACGGUGCCAGCCCGGUGCUGAACCUGUCCAAAUCCGGCGGCGACCAGGCCAGCGGCGGAGCGCCCAGCGAACGGAGCAACCAAAACUCGCCCGAACCGUCGGUGCACGAAGAGGACGAAAACAUCAGCGAAGCCAACAUAUCGGACACCGAGGACGGCGGCCACAACGAGAAGGAAGAAGACAUUAGCGACUGCGAGCGGGACAUUUCGUCCCCGGUUCCGGCGACGGUUCCGGUUUCGCAGGAGAUGCACGGCAACCGCGACCAGCAACAGCAGCAGCAGCAGGCGGCGCUCAACUACACUAGCUUGGCGGCGGCGUCGGCGGCGGCUGCGGUGGCCGUCGGCGGAGGUGUUCCGUCGGCGCAGGAUCCCAGCCAGGUGCACUCGUCGACGGAGACGCUGCUGCGCAACAUUCAGGGCCUGCUGAAGGUCGCGGCGGAUAACGCGCGGCAGCAGGAGCGGCAGACGAGCUACGAGAAGGCCGAGCUAAAGAUGGACGUAAUCCGAGAGCGCGAAGUCAAAGAUUCCCUGGAACGCCAGUUGGCCGACGAAAAACGACUCCGAGGGUUGUUCCAGAAGCGGUUCAAAAAGGAGCGCCGAUUGCGAGUUCAGCUCAAGGACCGAUUGGACAGCGAACGGAAGCGUCGCACCCAGCUGGAGGAGAUUAUCAAAGCCUCGGGGACGCCAACCGAAGCGUUACGGAUUAUCGCAGAAAACAUCAGCGUCGACCAGCAGCGUGAGAAGGAGCGAGAACGCGAGGCCGAGCGGGAGAAAGAGAGGGAAAAGGAGCGCGAGCGGGAAAAGCAUCGGGAGGGAAAGUUGGGCCGGGAAGACCGGAACAACUCGGACUCGGACCGAAUGCGGACGACGCCGGACCGGAGUCGCACGGCGGAACACGGUGGUGGAGAAUCGCGCGAGCAUCGGGACCGGGGAGAGCGCGGAUCGUCGGCGGAACGGUUCUCGAAGGAGGGCAGUCCGGUGCACUCGUCGUCGCGGGGGGCCAGCCAGGAGGUGAGCCCACCCCAGCCGCACCACAUUCCGGAGGGUGGCAAGGGCUGGAACUAUCCCGGGUUGGACAUUAUGGCGACCGGGGCGUUCUGGCAGAACUAUUCGGAAUCCUUGGCUCAAGAGCUGGAGCUCGAGCGCAAAGUGCGACAACAGGCGGCCGAGGGCGAAGUCAAGGGCCCACUCCAGGACCGUUCCAAUUACUACAAAAACUCGGUCCUGUACAGCAGUGCCACUUAGUUCCAGCAAUUAUGGCUAAUCUUUUCAUCGAUUGCAAUUCUUCUUCUGCUGCUGCUCCUCUCGACUAAGGAGGCUAUGACGACGAUGACGAUGGUGGCGUUGAAUUGGACACUUUGCCGUUGUUGCUGUGGCGGAAGCUCUAUACUGGCACUAGGUACCGUGCAAUUACACUGAAGGAAAAAAAAAACAGCUCGGAAACUUGAUAGCAAAAUGCAGCGCAGCAACUAGGCAAAUUGGCUCACGUGCAACAAAACCAUUUGAAGAGAAAGAGAGAGGGAGAAGCACUUGUUUGAUUCGCUCAAAUCGGGUGGAGAAAAAAAAUAACAUCUUCGAACUGAGACUAAGAUUUUAAUGAUAGAAGAAAAACAUGUAUUUAUUGAACUUUGAUUGAACGUGUAUUGCAAAAAAAGAUAGAAAAUUGAAAAAAAAAAGUGUAAACGUAGAAAGACAGAAUUAGCGUGUACGUUUUACAAUUAAACCACAAACACUGAAAUGAAAACACACACAUUCGAAACGAAUCAAAACUGCAAACGUCAAAAUAAACACAGACGGAAAGAAACACGCAAUUUCAAAACAAAUAGAAUAGAACAAGAUCUCAAAACCCAGAACGCGCACUCUAAACUCUACAAUUGCUCUCAUUAUUUAUCAGAACGAGAAAAUAUCCGAACACGGAGAAAAAUUUUGUUGGCACAUUUUCUCGCGAAAAUGCUGACGAUAUUUUUUCCGUGCAACAAAAUGAAACAAAGCAAAAAAAAACUUGUAAAAAUUAUUUGUGGUCAAUCGAUGUUAAGUAGAUGAAUAUUUAGGGCAAGUGAGCAGGACGAAAGAAAAACAAAACUUAUUUUUAGUAUAACUAACUUAGCACAAAUGUUUUUUCAACCUUUCGUUUCCUUACGUAAACUUUUGAGUUUUGUAAAAAUAAAUUUUCUGUAUUUAUUGAAUGGAUCAAUCUCGUCUGUAAAAGUUAAACUUUAUUCGAACACACGAAACAAACACACACACGUAAAUCGCGACCGUACUGUAAUCACACCAACACACUUGUACUAAAAUAAAAUAAAACAUAUUUAAAAACAUGUGAAUAAAGUAUUAGUUUCGUGUUUUUGCAAGAAAAUAAAAUCACAACAAACACGCAUCGUGAAAGUACUUAGUAUUUUUCCGGGUUAAUUUCUUCCAAGCCAAUUGUUUAAUGGAGUAUUAGUGAAAGUUGUAACAUAAAACACACAAAAAACACACACACAAACAAGUGAUAGUGAUCGUUAGCGCAUAAAAAAACAGCAUAAAUAAACCAUCUCGGGAAUAAAACAAACUUAUUUUAUACACAAACACACACACUGAAAAGAAAUAAAAUGCAGAUUUAAGUAGAAUCAUUUUUUUAAAAGCUAAAGCUUUUUUUUGUACAAAGAUUGCAAUCGUGUUGAGCACAAUUUCAAACAGAAUAAACACUGACACAAAUCACAAACACACACACUUUUAUGUAUUUCUCUUCCGCAUUUAAAUGUGAACCAAAAGUUGGAGAACAGUAGAAACGCAACUCUUGUUCGAGUUGAUUUAUUUAUUUUAAUUUACGUUUUUUUAAAGCAAACACGCUAACAGGUAACAGAUCAAAUGAAUAACAAUCGCUAUUUAUCAACAACAACAAAACACACACACACAAACGUAUUGUAUCUAUAUUAUACAUAACAAAACAAAAAUCAUAUAAUAAAACAAAUAAAAUUACAGCUAACUUGUAAACCAGUGUAGGUGGGGUGAAAUCAUUCGAGGAAGAAAAAAAAAUAAACCGUAUUACGUUAAAUUAUUCGCAACGAAUAAUUUCUGUUUUUUCUAUACAUUUAAGGGCUUAUUGUUGAACGGUGAGGUAGACGAAGAAAUAAACAUGCAAAUAAAGAAAACAAAAAAUCAAUCAAAAGAUGAUGAAAGUAAGAAAACGAUAAGAAAAACAGAUAAACGCAAGAUUUUUUUAAAACUUACUAUGGUAUAAAACGUACAUUACAGAAAAAAGUAAACACACACACACACAACACAAGAUAAAGAAAAAAAAAAUCAGCUGUAAAAUGAAAUGCUCUGUGCUAUUAGAAAGGUCAAAUAAAAUACCAAAAAUA